UCAAUUCUCAAAGUCAAAUAACAUUUCGAAUUUCGAUAAUAUUAUUUGUUAGGUACUUUAGUAAUAUUUAAGAUAUAAGAAAAUCAAUACAUGAUAUAUUCAUAAUAAAAAUAAAUUUUUGAUCCUUGCUAACAUACUAAAUAUGGCUGAAAAGAAAAAGAAAGUAUUGUCAAUUAAGGAUAACACCACAUUAGCCCAUAAGAGACCAGUUAUAUUAAAGUCGGAGAGGGAUACAAAAGAUACAGGGAAAGAUAAGGAAAAACAGCCUACUAUUAUAUUGAAAACCCGUGAACAGAGUGCACCCAAGGAUGAGAGACCUGUGAGUCCAAAAACACCAGCUGCUGAGGAAGGGCAAAACAUAUCUAAAAUUGCACAAAAUGAGUCCAAAGAGAAGAAGGAGCAAAAACCGAGUCCUCCUUUGAAAAUGAUGAGUGAACCUAUUAAAUUAUUAGAUGAAAACUUUGAAUUUAAUAAUGCAGCUCUUGAAUUUCUAAAUGAUAACAAUAGCCACUAUUUGGUUAUUGGCAUUAUAGGUACCCAAGGUGUCGGUAAAUCAUUAGUUUCAAAUCUUAUCAGUCAAAACACAUCCUCCGACAUCUGUGAGAAAAUACAGAAAUCACAUGAAUUUACUGAUCAAACUACAGAAUUCAUAAGUGACAUGUCAGGCUUAGAAAGUCAAUUGGAAAGUCUGAAUGUUCAAGAUCCAUCCAAUAUAAAAGAAGACCCACACACUGAUCCUGUAUUCAAAUUCAAAAUGCAAAACAUGGAGCAAAUUGAAAGGGGUGUACAUUGCACUAGAGGUGUUGAUAUGUACAUAACAAAAGAUCGUGUUAUCAUCCUAGACUGCCAACCGCUGUGGUCUCCAUGUCUGAUAGAGACCAAUGCAAAUGUAGUUACCUCCAGAAGUGCUAAUAUCGUUACGGUGGAUUGUCUUCAAGUGGCAUCAUAUUUGAUGGCAAUUUGCCAUGUACUUGUUGCCAUUCAGGAUUGGUUUGUCGAUUACAAUUUUAUCAGAUAUAUUCAAACCGCAGAGAUGUUGAAGCCGUCCCUAUCAGCAUCCACUUCAUCCAGUGUGAGUCAGGAAGCAUCCGAGACCACAUCUGUUGGAGAAUCUCAUCCACAUCUACUGCUCCUUCACAAUAGAUGCCAACUGGAAGAUUUCACACCUAGUUCCGUCAGGAAUAUGCAGGAUCUUUAUAGAAAAUCUUUCCAGAGAUCUAACUUGCAGUUGAAGUCCGGAAUGUAUUUGUACAGUGAUUCGAACAAAAAUGGAUUGAACGUCGAUAGUGUUUGUAAAUCAUAUGAUAUAGGCAAAUGCGGGUCUCCAAUCAAUUUGUUUUUAUUACCGGAGAUCUACAGUGAUUAUGAUAACAAAGAAAUAUACCGUGGACAUCCAUCGUUCGAAGAGUUAGCAAAGCGCUUAAGGUGGAUGCUGAUGGGGGUAAACAGACAUCAAAUAACCAAUGUUCCAAACCUAUCUGAGAGAGGCUGGUACCACUUUUGUAAUAAAGCUUGGGAGACCAUCAGAAAGUGUACAUUCUUCUUGGAAUACGAAAGGUUUUUGCCGUGAUAACAACAAUGUAUGUAGAUAUGGAUAGGAUUAAGAUAAAUAAAAAUUCUAUGCCAUGGA